CCCCCAGCCCCAUGCAGCCCCCAGGAGUUCCUGUGGGAGAAAGAAGGCAGCCCAGUUCCCCUGCAGAAAGGCCCUGACAACAUCCUGCUCAUCCCCUCCUUCAACAACACCCACCUGGGCACCUACACCUGCACGGCCACCAGCACCCAGGGCAGGGCUGUGGCCACCUACACCCUGCGGAUAAACGACCUGAGGAGCUCGGUGCUGGUGUUCCCCCAAGAGUCCCAGACCGCCCACGUGCAGGUGACAGCCAGGCUGGAGCUGCCCCUCACCAACUUCACCGCCUGCCUGAGAUCCUUCAGCGACCUCACCCGGCCCUACAGCCUCUUCUCCUACGCCACCAAAAAACAGAGCAACGAGAUCCUCCUCUUCAAGCCCAAGCCCGGCCAGUACGAGCUGGUGGUGGGGAACAAACCCUUGUUCUACACGGUGCCCGCAAGCCUGGGGGAGAGCGAGCACGUCUGCUUCAGCUGGGAAUCCUCCACUGGCAUCGUGGGGUUCUGGUUCAACGGGAAGCCCUGGCCCAGGAAGGGGCUGCAGAAGGGCUACACGGUGGGAGUGCCAGCACACCUGGUGCUGGGCCAGGACCAGGACAGCUUUGGGGGUGGCUUUGACCCCCAGCAGUCCUUCGUGGGGGAGAUUUCAUCCGUGUACAUGUGGGACAGGGGCAUCUCCGACUCGGGGGUGGUGUCAGCCAUGUACGACACCCCCGAGGAAACCCCCGUCUUUGGCUGGAGGAAUUUCCCCCACAGGGUCGUGGGGGAGGUGUACCUGAAGCCCUGAGGCUGCGGGGGGCGUCCCCAAUCCCUGCUGUGUAACCCCCUCCCCUAAAAGCCACCCAAUAUCAUGUACAU